UCAAGUAUUAAUAUUCGUCUGCUGGGCACUUGAUGGAACAAUCACCCACGAUCGGAUGUCAAUACCUUCAUAAUUUCAUAUUUCAUAUUCAUAAUUUACUUCACUUUCACUGACGUUGCUGUAAGGAAAAAGCAAAAAUAGCCGAAACAAAAACGGCGCUUACUUGAUUCCGAUUACUGCCGUGCGAUACGAUUGCAUACACAGUCACCUGCGUUGUGUGGUUGAUGACGUUGUCAGUCGGUGAGCGGAUGGAAGCACCGUGAAAUGGUACAUCUCGGAUGCAUUGAGCGUCGCACUCAGCCAUGAAUGAAAACAGUAGCGAUGGAUUUGUUCGCCCUUUGUGGCUCACUGAUCCACCGAUUGAAGGCCAGGAAGCGUUUUUCGAAGGCGUUCCAAUGGUCGAACUUGAAGUAAAAACGAUGACGGCGCCUGAACAGAAUCUUCCGAGCUUUAGAUCGCUAUUACAUAAAGUCAACGAACCCGCGAAAGAAACGAAUGGCUUUAUGGUGAACCAUGAAAGUAAAUUGGAAGAAUCGUUGUUAAGAGCAGUUCAAGAGGAAAACCUCGAAGUUGUCGAGGUCCUUAUUGAUCAUUAUCUACAGUUGUUUAAUUUGGAAGAAUUAUACGAUAAUUCCGUGUCAUCUGAAGCGACGCAAUCCAGAAAAACGCCAGUAAAUUUUCUGCCGCUUGUAGUAGCCGCGCACUUAGGAAACUAUGAUGUUUUGAAAUUGUUUAUUUCUAAAGGUUUUAAUUUGGAAAAACCUCACGAUGUACUCUGCGAGUGUGAACACUGUCAAGAGGAUUAUUUCAGGCAGUCACAAAAACGACUAGAUAUUUACAGAGCUAUGGCGAAUCCAAUAUGGAUCUCUUUAACGGGAACAGACCCGUUUCUAACCGCUUUCAAACUGAGCAAGGAUUUGAAAUCAUCCGCCAAGCAAGAGGACGAGUUUGAAAAAGAUUAUCUUGCAUUGUCGCUUCAAUGUGGCCAAUUUGCCUUAGGACUGUUGGACGAAUGUAAAACAUCUAAGGAACAGACCACCGUUUUAAACUUCCCCGGGAGUGAGGCCUCGAAAGGAGAAUUCUGCGAAGAAUCGUUGGGUUUAGUUCAUAGUGCAAUUGCAUACGGUCAAAAAGAGUUUGUAGCACAUCCGUUCUGUCAGCAUCUUGUUAUGAGCUGUGUGUUCAGCGGUGUUCCGUGGCGGACUCAAGGCAUCGCUUUUAGAAUACUCUACGUUCUCUUUCAAGUGUUGAUUUAUCCACUGAUGGCUUUUAUGUACUUCUUCUUUCCGUUCUUAAGAAUAAGCCGUAAAAUCAAAAGACCCUUUAUUAAGUUCGUCAAUCACACUGCUUCGUUUGUGAUAUUUCUCUCGCUUCUUGCGGCAUCUUCUCACGAACAAUUUAACAUACGCUUUGAUAAAGUACCAUCUGCACUGGAGUGGAUCAUCCUCAUGUGGAUUCUCGGAAUAGCAUGGGGAGAGUGCAAACAGGUGUGGCACGAUGGGGUCCUAAGAUACCUGUCUAGUGGAUGGAAUUGGAUGGAUAUCGGCAUGAUUGUUUUAAUUCUUGGAGCCUACAUAGGAUGGUUUGUGCGAAUGAUUAUUAGGCGUUACACCGUCUUGGACCGCGAAGCAGACCAAUUACUCUUGAGCGGCGCGGACGGUUUGUACGCUCUUGGUGUGAUUGCAAGUUUUUUUCGGCUGGUGUACCUGUGUCAAAUCAGCCGGUACCUAGGACUUCUCCAGCUCAGCCUAAGUCGUAUGGUGCGGGUGAUAUUUCAAUUCGCAUUCAUCAGUGUGGUGAUGUUGAUAUCGUUUUCUGUCAGUAUGACCAUGUUAUAUUCGUCAUCGUUUGAAGCGUACGGCCAAGAGAGGCCAGAGAGAAACACUACAGAUGUAAUACACAGUCUGAUAAGCAAAGGAUAUUACAGUCUAAUGACGACCAUGGUGACUAUGAUGUGGGCGAGUCUGGACAUGGUAACACUCGACAGUCUUCAGGUGUUCAAAGAUCAAAGCUUGAUUCAGAUUUGGAGCGCCAUCUUGUUUACGCUGUACCAUGCAGCUUCACUGAUUGUUCUCUUAAACAUGUUGAUUGCAAUGAUGAGUAACUCAUAUCAACGCGUAGAGGACAAUAUCGAAACAGAAUAUAAGUUCGCUCGCGCCCAACUAUGGGCAGAUUACAUCGGAGACGGAGUUGCUACUCUCCCUCCCCCCCUGAAUCUCAUUCCUUCUCCAAAGAGUAUCGUGCGAUGGGCUUGUAAACUAACAAACAGAUGUUUUGGAGUUCCCAAGAGACUGCCUUGUUGUACUAAUGAACAAUUUCGUGUUUACCAUGAAAGUAACAUGGAUGUCGAACAGAAGAAACAGAACUAUCAGAGUGUUGUCCGAGAGCUUAUCAGACGUUACUGGGCUAGAAGAAGACACCAGAAAACCCCUUCAGAAAAUGUAAUUCCUGAUCAUCUCGGUGCCAUGGCAAUAGUAAGGGACCAGGUGUCUGAUAUGUUGAGCGAAAUAAGGAACAUCUUAAAAACAAAUAAACAAAGAAAAGAUCGAGAACGGCAUCAGAAGUCAGACGAGGGCCAUUUACAGAUGGGAGAGUCUUCCAAGACCAAUGGAAAUCACAACCACGUUCAGCUCUGACCAAGAUCCUUCUGAUAAAGCUACAUUUGGUUUUUAAUGGCAAAAUAUAUCCAGUUUCUGGAAAAUACAACCUACAAUGAUAUUCGUAGAUGUAGCAAGGGUAAAAAUAUUAGAUGAAGUUCGUGUAAGAAUAAGCCACAAGAAAUAAUAUCGCUUCCAAAUAACUUAAGCUCAGAGCUGAAGUCUGUGGGUGGCAAAUAAUAACCUUGAGUGGAAUUAUUCUGAGGCGCGUUAUUACGCCUCUCUCUCUAGCAUGGAAGCAGGCCAUCGUUAUUAGCGCUUCGUUUAUUCGAAAAUAUGAUUUCGUGAGCAAGACGAACCGGUGAGAGGUCCGCAGGGGUUCUAGCACUGACGACAGAUCCUCGGCAAAUAUUUCCCGACUCCCACGAACCGUUUUCAAUCUUCCCGUGGGCGUAAAAACCUGCGCCCUGCAGCGCUUAUUAUGAAGGCCUGGCCUCUGGCUAGUCUCUAGACCUGCUCCACGACAGGCUAGUCUUUCUCAGUGGCGGAUCUAGGGAGGGGUCACGGGGGGUCACUCGGGUAGGGUUGUCUGGCAUUCCGAGGAGACUGGUGUGAUAAGCCCUUGCUUGCGCCUACCAAACUUCCACGUUUAAUCCAAUCAAUAAAAUCUGGAGAGAUGACAAACUAUCGAAAGAUGAUCCGCCAUAAAGUCUAAAAAUUAAGGAUAUUGCAUCAAUUUGCCCGAUGGUUUUAUAGGUCUACAGGAAUUCAGCCAAGGACACAGCUGACCGAUACCAAAAAUUUUCAAGGCACAGCAUUUGUUCUUACUUGGGAAGUAAGCUCAUUGUUGUAACAUAUUUUUCUAGGUAAUGUAACGUUUUGCACCUUUGCAACGUAGAAAUAGGUUGUAAAAGCAUUGAUAGGGUAGUCAGCUAACUUUGUUACAGUCUAACUUUUUUAUAAGAAAGGUGUCUACGCUAGCAAUUUUCUUUUUUACAUGAGUUCACUCAUUCUCAUACCAAAAUAGUGCUUUAUUCAACCACGUAUGUUUUACUAGUAUCAAUGAUUUAACGGUAAACAAAUGCGCCUGCAAUGUCGAUGUAAUAAAGGCCAGAGAUAUCCGCUGCACUUUAAAGCAUGAAAGUUUAAAGUUUUUUCGUUGGCGUUACGUCACGCAGCUGAAGUCUAUGGCCUUCUAAUAUUUAAACUAUGUCCUCUGCGACCAAAUUUGAAAUAAUUGAUACAAGUGAAAGAGGAAAAAGCCUCUGGUAUUUACUACACAUAGGGCAAUGCACAAAAUCGUUACAAGUUUCAGACGAAGGUCUCAAAUAUAAGCUGCAAUUGAAAGUCAAAAAUUCAUCAUUGAAUUUCAUACAAUGAUGGGAGAUUGAAAGGAAGUCUGAAAUGCUGUCAAAUUGUGAGUUAAAUGGAAUUAAAAGAGUUAGGAUAAGGCUUAAAGUGCUUGAAAAUUUAUCGAAAAUCUUUUUCUGACCUAAAACAGUUCUUUGGUACAAUUUCUUAAAUAAAAAGAAGGCCUUUGGCUUCAAAACUUCAGCUGUCUCACGCAUGCGCUUCUUUUUAUAAAAGUUAAAAUGUACAUGCAAGAGACAGAAACAUAUGAGAAAUGAAAGUGUAAAAAGGUUAGUUCUGAUUAAGGUAGUCAGUUACUGUUGUAAAAAGAUAAACCUAGUAACAAGAUGCAAUUUUAAAAGAA